AUGAUUCUUUUUUCACUGAUUAUAUCAGCCUUUUCGACUCCAUUCCUUCAAAUAAAUUCAAAAGAGCCUCGUGACGAAAACAUUAAUUGUAAGAUGUUUACCCGCUCGAUUUCAUCUGAAGGUAUACCAGAUUCCACUCUGAAAUGUACUGCCUGUGAAAAUUCUUAUUACAAAUUAGAUCCUACCACAGGAAAGUGCAUUUAUAACACCGCAAAUUGCAAUACAACCGACCUUUAUUUGUACCUGGACAAUUCUGAGUGUAAAUUCUGUGAUUAUGCGUGCAAUACUUGUGACUCAAGUGGCAAAUGUACAUGUAACUUUAAUACAGAUUUCAAUACUUGUAAAAAGUGUGUUCAGACUAUAUCCGUCACAACUGGGAGUACAACAGUACUGAAGUGUAAAUACUGUGGACAAGGUCUUGUCACGAGUACUGAUCUCAUGUCUUGUGAAACAGCCGAGUCUGGAGAUGAAGUGAAGGAUAACACCAAUUGUGCUCUUUCUGGUUUGAACAACGGAAAGCAAUCAUGUCUCAAGUGCUUCGGAAAUUAUUCGUACGACUCGACAACUGGCCACUGCUCAAAAGACCAUCACUUGAUGUUUGGGUGUAUCAGACAAAACGGCGAAACUUGUUUAAAAUGCGACACUGGUUUCUAUUUAAGUGGAUCAGAAUGCUCCAAAAAUGACGAGAAUUGCGAGACCUACAAAGAAGGAUCUGAUCCUUUAGUGUGUUCACGGUGUCGAGAAGGCUAUUAUCUCGAAAAUGGAGCUUGUAAAAUAUGUACUGUCAAUGGAGACAACACAAAACAAUACGAUUCUUUGUGUGAUUUAUUUGACACAACAAAGUGUAACCAAUGCAGUCGAAGAUGCAGUGUAUCUGGAAAUUCGUGUGUUUCAACUCAUUGUCUUGAAUUUGCUUCGACUGGGAAGUGUGGGAUAUGUGAAAAUGGGUAUUACCAAAAUGGAGGAACGUGUCACUAUUUGAGUGAUAAUGGGUUUGACCUCACUUCAUCGACCAAAAAGUGUUUAGCUGGCUAUUAUGUUGAUUAUGACUCUGCUACAAACACUUACACAUGCAAAAAGUGUAAAGGGCAUUUUGCAGAAUGUUUAACAGAAAAUACACCGACACCAGGAACAUCAUUAUUUGACGGAUGGACACAAACAAAAGACGUUCCGUGUGAAGAUGAGAACUGUCUCCAAUGUGCAGAUGAUGGCAAGUUGUGCUAUAAAUGCACCUCUCUCAGUGGAAGUCAAAGUGUCUCUUUGAUUAAUGGGAAGUGUGUAAUAACUCCUUCUUCCAUUACGUUGGAAUACAUUGCUCAACCUCCAAAGGAUGUUGGGGAUUAUGAUACAACAUAUCUGUUCUGCAAGUACAAGGGGGUGAACACAUUCUUCGAAGAUGUGGUUCCUGCUCAUACACAAGAACUUGGCUAUAACAUCAAAUGUGAUGUUGUUUAUCGAAGAAAUUACUUGUACAAAACACAAACAGAAGGUAACACUGAAAUAGAGUGUGCAACGGGAAAUAGAGACCCAAAGAAGAAUUGUCAGUGUAAGACUGGGUAUUACCAGGCAAAUGCAUCUUCGACUGUUGCGUGUGUGCCGGUUGCAACUUCAUCCAACUGCCUCGAAAGCGCAAAUGGCCAACAAUGUACCGUAUGUCCGACUGGAGGCAAAUUCACAUAUGAAGGGAAGUGCGUGUGCCCAAUAGGGACUUAUCUCAAAGACAAUGAAUGCCAAACAUGUCCAGAAUUGUGUUCUGAGUGCACUUACACCAACUCGAAAAUUGUGUGUUCUGCUUGUAAACCAACUGAAUAUUCCGGGCAAGGAAGAAAUCCCGAAAAGAAUUGUGAAUGUAUGGAUAAUUAUGUAACAGAAAGUGGCAAGAUUGAUGUGUGUGUUGCUUUGAUAGAUGGGUGCAAAGAGGAAGGGCAUUACUCUGUUUCGAACAAGCAAAUAUAUUGCAAGGAAUGUGAUAAAGAACACUUCACAAUCGGAAAUGGACUCACACAAUGCUCUCAAUGUGUUGAUGGGUAUUACUUGGACACUGAUGGAACUUGCAAAAAGUGCAAUUUUGGUGUUGGGUGUGCGACGUGCAACAAGACAGAAUGCACUAAAUGCACAGAUGGGAAUGGAAUACUUACUCCGCCGAGUGACAAUGCUGCUGCGUAUUGCACUUCAUGUAAAACGGGAUACGCGUAUAAAUCAGACGAUGGAAGUUGUGUGAGAUGUACGUCAGCAUGUGAUGGGUGCACUUAUGACUUGACAUUGCAGGAAACGCAUUGUACUGCAUGUAAAAACGACAGAAAUCCGCCAUAUUGUAUUUGCGAUAAUGGAGUCUAUUUGGACCCAGAUACAAACAAAUGCAAAGAGUGCAACAAUAACGACUAUUGUGGAGUUGAAUGCGAUUAUGGAAGUGACAUCUAUGUACAUUGCUUGAAGUGUAAAGAUCCACUGAGAAAUCCACUUACCAACUGUACAUCUUGUAUUGCAUCUAAUCAAUACCUGGACUCCACUGGAUCAUGCGUGAACUGCAUUGACACCUGUGAUAUCUGCUUGAACGCUACAUAUUGCACAACUUGUAAAGCAUCGACCUUCAGAACUGGGUUUUUAUGCGAAAAGUGCUUGAAUGGGUAUUACUUGGACACUGAUUCAAAUCUCUGUAAAGCGUGUGAUCCCACGUGCUCAAGCUGCACUUCUGAAAACGAGUGCACGGCGUGUGUGUCAGCGAAUAGAAAACCAGUGAGUGGAAAUAAAUGUGAUGGAUGUGAAGACGGAUACUAUUGGAGUGCAACAGAUAAGAAAUGCUAUGAGUGUUCAAAUAAUUGUUUGAUAUGCAGCGACUCGAGUGUGUGCCUUCAGUGCACUUCGAAUAACAACUUCAAUGAAGUCCCGGUUGAUGGCAAGUGUCGAUGUCAGGAUGGAUACUUGUUUAAUGAAACAACUGAAACAUGCAGUCCAUGUGAAGAAAAGAUCAAUGAAUUCUGUUCGAAAUGCGAGAAUGGGAAGUGCCAUUUGUGCAACGCGGAAUAUUUUGAAGCAAAGGAUGACAAAUGUGUGUGCAAAGAAGGGUACUACACCACGUCAUGGAAUUCUUGUGUGCCAUGUAAUAGACAUAUUAAUGGAUGUUUGACAUGUGAGAGUAAAGAAAUUUGCACGAAAUGUGGGGAAGGAUACAAAUUGAAUGAAACAAGUGGGAAGUGUGAUGGUGCGAAUCUUUUGGUUAUUGUUGCAAUAGUUAUGACAAUAAUGGCACUUCUUUAA